AGAAACACGGAGCCGCCGAAAUCACCAGAACUCUCCGUCUCGAGCUUUCUCGGAAUCCAUGGCGUCUCGCCUCCUCGCCGCCCGCCUCCGCCCUCUCCUCCGAUCCACCGCCCUCCUCCGCCCCAUUCCUAUCUCCCAAAACCUAGAUCCCUACCUCCUUCGUGGCCUCUCCACGUUCCCCGCCCGCCGCCCACCCUCCCGCCCUCGCCCAAUUGACAUCGGUGCUAGGGCACGGCAGCUCCAGUCCCGACGGCUCUGGACCUACGCGCUGACCUUCAGCUGCGUCGCCGGAUUCAUCGUCAUCGUCCUCGCUAAUUUCCAGGACCAACUCGUCUUCUACAUCACCCCCUCCGAUGCCCUGCAGAAGUUCAACGCCGAUCCAUCCAAGUCCCGGUUUCGCCUCGGUGGUCUCGUCCUCGAGGGCAGCGUCGUGUACCCCAGCUCAUCCCCAGAGAUGGAGUUCGUCAUUACCGAUCUCAUCACUGACGUCCUCGUCCGCUUUGAGGGCUCGUUGCCGGAUCUUUUCCGGGAGGGGCACUCAGUGGUGGUAGAGGGUUUCGUGAAGCCGGCUCCUCCGGAAGGGUUCGGGUCGGGGCCCAAAGUCUCGGAGAAGGCCAGGCAAAUUGGGUGUUUCUUCAAAGCCACGGAGGUGCUUGCGAAGCACGACGAGAAGUACAUGCCCAAAGAGGUUGCUGCCGCGCUUGAGAAGAACAAGAAGUUGUUAGAGGCCGAGGCUGAUGCCGGAGCAGCCGGAGAUGGUGAAACUAGGAGCUGAAGGCUUCGUUGAGGUUUUCUUUCUAAACUCACUCACA